CUUAAAAUGAUUCGUUCAUUUGAAGAGGUCGUUCAUGAACGACUCACUACCGCUUUUGAUUCUUUCUAAGUGUCAGAACUCUCAUACGGCACCGAGGCAGCAGCAGUCACUGAGAUUCAAUCAGAGCUGGAAAAAGAUUUACGACCAUUAUUAAAACACCAUGGGCCGUAAAUUCUUGGAGAUAAUAAAACCAUUCUGUGCGGUGCUACCCGAGGUCCAGAAACCUGAAAGAAAGAUCCAGUUCAGUGAAAAGGUGCUAUGGUCGUCAAUUACUCUCUUCAUCUUUCUUGAGGGUUCCCAGAUUCCCAUCUUUGGCAUAAGGUCCUUAAACUCUGCAGAUCCAUUCCAUUGGAUGAGAGCCAAUCUGGCUUCAAAAAGAGGUACUCUGAUGGAGCUGGGUAUCUCACCCAUUGUCACCUCAGGCCUGAUAAUGCAGCUGCUGGCUGGAGCUAAGAUCAUUGAAGUUGGAGACACCCCAAAGGAUAGAGCGCUCUUUAAUGGAGCUCAGAAAUUGUUUGGGAUGAUCAUCACCAUCGGCCAGGCCAUUGUUUAUGUGAUGACUGGCAUGUAUGGAGAUCCAUCAGAGAUGGGUGCAGGGAUCUGUUUGCUCAUCAUCAUUCAGCUGUUUGUAGGAGGGCUGAUUUUGCGGCUCCUGGAUGAAUUACUUGAAAAGGGCUAUGGCCUUGAUUCUAGGACCCCCCUGUUCAUUGCCACCAAUACCUGUGGGACCAUCAUGUGGAAGGCCUUUAGUCCCACCACUGUGAACACAGGAAAUAACACAGAACAUGAGGGGGCAGUCAUCGCUCUUUUUCACCUCCUCGCCACAAGGACUGACAAAGUGCAGGCUCUCCAGGAGGCCUUCUGCAGGCAGAACCUCCCCAACCUCAUAAACCUCAUCACUACAGUGUUUGUCUUUGCUGUAGUUAUAUACUUGGAAAGAUUCAGAAUUGAUCUGCCCAUCAAAUCUGCUCGCUACUUUGGCCAAUAUAACACAUAUCCCAUCAAGCUUUUAUACACCUCCUACAUUCCCCUCUUCCUGCAGGAUGCUUUGGUCUCCAAUCUGUAUGUUAUUUCCUAUUUGCUUUUCACACGCUUCAGUGGAAAUUUUCUGGUUGAUCUGCUUGGAACGUGGUCCGAAGCUGGUGGCCCAGCCCGUAUUAAGCCUGUCCGAGGACUUUGCUACUACCUCUCUCCACCAGAGUCUUUUGGUUCUGUUCUAGAGGACCCAGUCCAUGCACUAAUUUACAUCUUUUUCAUACUCGGCUCAUGUGCCUUUUUCUCCAAAACUUGGAUCGAAGUUUCAGGUUCUUCUGCAAAAGAUGUAGCGAAGCAGCUGAAGGAACAGCAUAUGGUGAUGAGAGGAUACAGAGAAACCUCAAUGGUUCACGAACUGAACAGGUACAUUCCAACAGCUGCUGCCUUUGGUGGAGUUUGCGUCGGCAGUUUAACGGUGAUGGUGGACUUUCUUGGUGCCUUUUGCUCUGUCACCGAGAUGCUGAUAGCUGUCAGCAUCAUCCACCAGUACUUAACAAUCUUUGUGAAAGAACAAAUUGAAAAAUCCCAAGAGGAUGAAGAUAACGCCUCUUCAGCUGAACAUCCUCAAAACUCCAGAUAACUACCAAGACUUUCUGAAUAGCUUCUCAAAGAAAUCUCUUUUACUUUUUAUAUGUUUUUCCGUAGACUGAGGAGCUAGCGCUUCAGAAUAUAAGCAUGAUUAGGAGGUGACUGCCAGCUGCCUGUGUUUAGUGAUACGUCUUUGAUUAAACCUUAACUCUCAUCUUAGUUAUAUCUCUGUUAACCUGCCAAUCAGAAGCUGGCCUGUCAAGUGCUGAUUCAAAUACUGUAAAUGUUCCUUUGUGUAACCUUGAUUUGGAGCUGAGGCCUCAGAGCUCACAUUGGGCUCCAGCCUCAGGAGGGGUGCUCUGAACACUCAUCCAUUAAGUGUUGGUUCUUGUUCUUUUAAUGUGUGGCAUUCAGGGAUCUGCAGUAUUAACUCAACCCCUGAAGAAUGUAUUUUAUAUUGUUUAUAUUACAUAAUAUUAUGGAUUAAUCUAUUAUGAAUAAAUGGAUUAGAGGGCUUGAAGACUUUCCUCAGACAAGGAGAUUGGCAGCUCAGACUUUCAGUGCACCUCCAACUACAUUAGAGGGCUUGUAGACUUAUUUUACAUGGGAUACUCUAUUCAAAUGAUAUAAUUUUUCAAAUAAAUAUAUUAGUUCUCAAGAAA